AGGAGUCAUUAGUAGGCUGCUGACGUCAUGAGGGAUUUUGUGGGGUUGCAAUCGUCUUUGCUUUUGUCUCUUUCUGAGCAAAAGUCAGUGUCAGUAGGAUGUACUUCCUCUAUGUUCUGGGUUGUGGCUGAACCAACUUUACUUGGUCAAGAUCAUAUUUUGCAUUCUGAUGAAGUAUCUCUAGGAACUGGCUGUCCUGUAACCAAUGUAAUUGAGAAGGGAUAUGAGUUUAAUUACCCUGUCACUGAGUGUGGGAUUCAGAAAGAGGUUUUCUCAUAUGGAACAGUUUUUUAUUCAACACUCUACUGUAAUAUAAUGCAGAAAGGAGUCACUGGCAAAGUUCCUUUGAUGUGCAUUGUAUACAGCUCAUCUUUGGAUACCACUCCAAGCACUGUCCAUAACAAUCUUAUAAAAUUCCAAAAUGAUCCUCCCUGUACCAAUUCUCAUUCUGCCUGGAACUUAACCAACACUUGUCUAUUUGGAUUGCCUCGGAUUCCAUAUUUUCAAGACUCCUUGGUAGAGGCAUCUCAUCACUCACUUCUACUUAGUAUGUCUCAUCCGUUAGUCCAUGAGAGUGCAAAUGUAGCUAUAUUCUAGGUUCUUCCAUCGCAAUCCUGAUAACUCUGUUGCUAUAGCUUCCUUAAAAUUUCAUUUUUGAACCACUCACUACAGAAUUCAUCGCUUUUUGGUGCCACUUCCUGAGAGGACAUUGGGUUGGGUAGUGCCCAUUGCUUCAUAUGUUUUUUAAAAGUGUUCCUUUUAAACAAAGGCCAUGAUGCCCUUGCAUAGUCUCUUAUAAUAAGAUGUCUAUGUAUAAUUUUUAGAUGUGGAGUUGAUCUUACAAAUAAAAUGUGUUGUGCCUUUGGCU